AUGGCUACCACUCCUGGUCCCGUCGCCAAGACAAGCGGCGGCAACAAUGCCUUCCACAACUUUCACAACGACUUUGCUCACAUCGCCGACCCCAAUGAGCGUCGUCGUCUUGCCCUCGCCGAGAUCGACAAGGCUCCCUUCGGAUGGUACCAUGUUCGCGCAUGUGUCGUCGCCGGUGUUGGUUUCUUCACUGACUCCUACGACAUCUUCUGCGUGUCCAUGUUGACCAUCAUGUUGGGUAUUGUGUACUACCCUAGCAAGGGAAAGCUUGCUACCAGCUCUGAUAAUGCUAUCAAGCUCUCGACUUCUGCUGGUACUGUUAUUGGACAGCUUGGAUUUGGUAUGCUGGCCGAUAUUGUCGGUCGUAAGAGGAUGUAUGGUCUCGAGCUCAUUGUCAUUAUCUUUGCAACUCUUGCUCAGGCCCUGACUGCUGGUUCCCCUUCCACCUCGCUUGUUGGUCUCAUCAUCUUCUGGCGUGUAGUUAUGGGAGUAGGCAUUGGUGGUGAUUAUCCCCUUUCUUCCAUUAUUACCUCCGAGUUCGCUACCACCAAGUGGCGUGGUGCCAUGAUGGCUGCCGUCUUUGCCAUGCAGGGUAUCGGCCAGCUCGUAGCCGCUCUUGUCAUGAUGUUCCUCACCCUUGGCUUCAAGUCUUCCCUUGAGGGUGCCCCUGAUACCAAGCACUGCACUGGAGACUGCCAGGUUGCCGUUGACAAGAUGUGGCGUACCCUUGUUGGCUUCGGUGCCGUCCCUGCUUGUGUUGCCCUCUACUACCGUCUCACCAUCCCUGAGACUCCUCGUUACACCUUCGACGUUGCCCGUGACGUUGAGCAAGCCGAUGAGGACGUCAAGGCCUACAUGACCGGCAAGCGUGAGGGUGACGCCGACGAGGUCGCCCGUGCUCAGGCCCACGCCAGCGCCAAGUCCAACCUCCAGGUUCCCAAGGCCGGCUGGAGUGACUUCUGCCAGCACUACAGCAAGUGGAAGAACCUGUCCAUUCUCAUCGGUACCGCCGGUUCAUGGUUCUGUCUUGAUGUUGCCUUUUAUGGUCUCAGCUUGAACAACGGUACUAUCCUUAAGGUUAUCGGUUACUCUACCAAGGAUGCCAACAACAUGUACGAGUACUUGCACAACACUGCUGUUGGUAACAUCAUUAUUGUCUUGGCUGGUGCUGUCCCUGGCUACUGGGUCUCGGUUGCUACUAUUGAUACCCUUGGACGAAAGACUAUUCAGCUUGGUGGUUUCAUCAUUCUGACUAUUCUCUUCAUUGUCAUGGGUUUCGCUUACAACCACAUCUCCUCCAACGGCCUCCUCGCCAUCUACGUCCUUGCCCAGUUCUUCUUCAACUUUGGCCCCAACACUACCACCUUCAUCGUCCCUGGUGAGGUCUUCCCUACCCGCUACCGAUCCACUUCCCACGGUAUCUCCGCUGCCUCAGGAAAGAUCGGUUCCAUCAUUGGCCAGGGUGCCAUCUCCAUCCUCCGCACCCAUGGUGCCACCGACAAGAACGAGGCCCCCUGGAUGGACCACGUUCUUGAGAUCUACGCUCUUUUCAUGCUUCUCGGUAUCUUCACCACUCUUCUCAUCCCUGAGACUGCCCGUAAGACUCUUGAGGAGCUCAGUGGUGAGGAUGACUAUGCCAACAACCCUGAGACUACCAUUGAUACUGAGGCUCACGCCGGUAAGAAUGAGCGAACCAGCGGUUAG